AUGGAAUUCUUCAGCGACAUUGGCGGGGACCCACUUAAGCCCUCUCUCUUUGAGCUGAUUGCACAGGAGCAGCUCCGAGACUUACUUCAGCCUGCACUCAAGUAUGUAUUAGCGGUGUUUGCUCAGCGCUAUCCCCGCUACUUGAUCCGUAUCGUUAACAGACAUGAAGAGUUUUACGCGGCGAUCAUGCUCUUCGUAGAGCGUUACUAUCUCUUGAAAUACAGCGCCUCUUUUGCGGAGAGAUUUUAUGGGCUCAAGCGAUGUAGGAAAGCUUGGAUACCAACUGAGCGCUCAACUGCUGCAGUAGGUGGGAUACCUCAGGGAGAAAGGCUCAGAGGCAGGGAAAUAUGGCGUUCCCUUUUCUUUCUGGUCGCUGUUCCUUAUCUCAGAGCGAAAGCUCAUGAUUAUUAUGAGCAGUUGGGCGGAGGCGUGUCCUCGGACAUACUGGACGAUGGCGGGAGCGUCCGAAUACCCAGCGACGAGGAGACAUUUGCAAAACGCUGGCGUUAUGCCUACAAGAAAAUGUUCCCUUGGGUAAACACUUCAUAUGAAGUUUGGCUACUGGCAUACAACGUAGCAUACUUGUUUGAACGUUCGCCGUUCUAUCGCCCCUGGUUAGCCUGGAUAGGGGUUGACCUACGCAGAUUGGGACCGGAUGAUUUUCGUUCUGAAAGUCGAAAGCAAGAAGCACUCGACAAUGUCAAUAUGCAGUUGGGCAUAGUGAAAAGAUUGCGUCGCGUUCUGAUGAACUCUCCACGAAUGAUCCUCGAUUCUUUGAGGUUUCUGCUACCGACUGCGAUUUUUUUUGUCAAAUUCCUGAAGUGGUGGUACUCUCCUGGAUCCCCUGCGCGUUCACUACCAAGUUCCCCUCUCGGCCCGGCAGUACCACCCCCGCGCAUGCUUCCGCCUCACCCUGAUGGAAUGCCCGUGGGCGACACGACUUUCGGGCAUUGCCCAUUGUGUAAGAACUCCAUCAACAACGCUACUGCGCUGCCAUCUGGUUACGUUUUUUGCUACCGAUGUGCUUUUGACUACGUCGAGCGCCACGGUACUUGCCCAGUAACCUUAUUACCAGCCGAACCCUGGCAACUGAGAAAAGUGCUCCAACCCGGGAGUGAAACCGCCUGGCACCAAGCUGGCGGCAGCAGUGAUCGAUUUGUACCUAUCCGAAUCAAUAUCUUCUAUUUUGGCAAGCAAAUUCAGGCUGAGCAAGUGCCAGGAUGGUCUGCAUACUACCUGGACUACAAGUUCCUCAAGAAGAUAAUAUCGUCUCUGGCCGCCAACCGACCAGCAUCGGAGGCUGCUGCGUUGGCAUUAGGAAUCCGACCUGCCGAUAUCUUUAAUCCAUCAGGGAGCGCUUCUGCGAUCACGGUACUGCCCACUGCAACCCAGGAUGUCGCGACAACGCCCGCACUCGGUGAUGCUGAACAACCUCCGAUAUUAUCGUCCCUGAGACAAGAUGAUGAUCGGGGUGCAGACUUUCAUGCCCAUAAGGCUGCGUUCUUUUUCAAGUUAGAACGAGAGCUCGAAAAAAUCAAUACUUUCUACCUCCAGAAGGAAGCAGAACUGAAGCUCCGUCUUGAGACCCUUCUCUCAAAACGGCGUGCGGCUGCUUUGAGAGGCCUUCCUGAUGGCAAUGAUGGCUCAACUCUGAACCAUGUUGAAUGGAGUGCAGUGGAAGAAGGGUUCCGGCUGCUGGAAAGAGAUCUGGGCAAGUUGCAGAUCAAUGGGACGGGCUUCCGUAAAAUCUUGAAAAAGUGGGAUAAACACUCCCGUUCAUCAACGAAAGAGUUGUACCUUGCUCGUCAGGUCGAGGUUCAGCCUGUUUUCAACAGACAGCUCAUCUCGGAAUUUUCUGAUAUUGUGGCCUCCAGUUUAUUGGACAUCACAGACCUCUCGACCGGGUUACGGUUCGAGGGCGCAGCUGCCCGUGACACACUUGAUCUUCAGCUGUAUGUGGAACGAAACGUAUAUUCCGGCCCCUUCCGAGAGUUUGAGCUUGACUUGCGAAAGGCCGUCGAGAAUUCUGAUAGAUCAUCCAUCAAGGAUCUUGUGCGCCACUCUGACAUUCUUACUUCACAGAAUGGUGGCAAAAGUGACGUUACCCGUGUGCUGUGGAAGGUUAUAGUGGAUGCACCUCCGGGCCUUGCAGACUUGAUUCUGGAAAGCGUUGGAGUUCCCUUCGACUUCAAUUUUGUGGAUGAUAUCAAUGGAAGAACUUGCCUCCACGAGGCUGCGGCAGCGGGAGCGUUACGGCUUGUGAACCUUUGCCUCGAGAAGGGUUCACAGAAGGACAAACUCGAUGUUUAUGGACGCUCGGCGCUGCACUACGCCGCUAUGCAUGGUCAUGCUGACGUUUGCAAGCACCUCGUGGAGGCCAACGUGCCACCACAUGUCCUGGAUGCGGACAAUUGCAGCCCCCUCGUUUACGCAACACUCCGAGGCAGUGUGGAAUGCGUCCGGUACCUGGUGUGCGAACAAUGUGUAUCACCUUCUCCAGAGUCUCUGGUCAUGGACAGUCUGGUUCCCCUGUCUCUGGCAAGUCAACUCGGACACACCGAUGUCGUUGCCCUGCUCUUGAAAGGAGGAGCUAAAUGUCUGCCUAACACAAACGGCGAAUACCCUAUCCAUCUUGCCGCCCGGGAGGGGCAUGCGGAUGUGUGUCGACUAUUGCUGGAUCAAGGAGGGUGGGACUUCCCGGACAAAUAUCACGAAUGGACGCCGCUCUUCCAUGCUGCUAGGAAUGGACACGUGGCGUGUUUAGAAGUCUUACUGCAAACUGGUACAAAGGUCGACAGAACGGACGAAUUUGGACAUCAAGCUAUACAUUAUGCAGCCUGGUAUGGACAUCGGCAUUGCGUCCAAGUUCUGUUCGCCGCGAUUGCCAAAGUCCCACGUACUGUCAGUUUCAAGAGAAGGUCUGGUCUAUCACAAUCUGUGGUGGACAUGCAGAUUGAUAUGGAAGCUGACGCAAUUCCAUCCCUGUCGCUACCCCCGCCGAUAAUGCCUCAUCGGGUUUACGGACACAACUACCUUGACAAAAAUCAUUUGGUGACUGUCACGGUAGGUUUACCCAUCCCCUCGCAUAGCAAGGGUGGUGGGAAGGGAGUGAAACUAUACUCUCGCUUGUCGGAGUCCGUGUUCACACAGAGCGCAUAUCUGCCUUCCCUAAAUCGAUUGAAAAUGGUGAUCACCGCAGGCCCUAGCGUGAAUGCAGUUCCGUACACCGUCUCUCUACCCCAGAAGGAUGUGCAAGAUACAUUUAUCUUUCAAACCGCAGAUCUCAGCGUCCUUUCCUUGGAGUUUUCCAUCUAUCCCAAUUUUGGAACGAAGACCAUUGGCCGUGCUGUAGCGCAUCCGUCCAUUUUUCAAUUUCCCGGAGAUCGUCCCAUCACCUUAUCCAUACUGGAUCAUCGUCUACAUUGUAUUGGCGAAGUCACCUUUUCCGUUACAGUCACCUCACCUUUUCAAGGAGUCACCCUCGAGGUUGGGGGUGCGGUAGAAACGUACUGGAAAUCCCUUACCUUACCGCAAAGUGGCGUCCUCAACCCUAAUCCACGCCUAACACUUCCUUGGAGACAUUCUCCCAAGUCUCCGGAUUCUAUCCAUACGUCGCCUUCCAUUCAAUCGACUACUGGUUCUCCAAUCCACACAGUUACGUUGUCAUCCUUAUCAGGUCAUUAUGUCCAUGCUGUAGUGCAGGUCACGCGAGACCUCCACCCGGUAUUAUACUACAAUAUGCUGCUGCCCGAGACACCUUUUGAUCUACGAGUUGCCGACGUCACUCUCUCGCAGUUUGAGGCCCUAGCCAAUAGACUUGACCACGAAGAACAGCUUAUUCGUAGGGUGAACUCAGGCCAGGAAUUGCACAAAGUACUACCGUGUUUGAUGAUAUCGCUUUCUCGGUUUAUGCAGCUUCUCCCUGCCCAUUUGGGUUUGACCCUAGAAGUGGCCCUUUUCCCGAUAACUCGGGCCUCCAAUCAGUAUACCAAUUAUCGCCUAGAUCCUAAUGCAUCUGUUAAUGCUAUCCUCCGUACGAUACGCCAGACCUCAUCCUCACUUGGCGGAGCGUUCGCUCGGCGGCGUAUAGCUUUCACAUCAUUCUCUCCGCAAGUCUGUGCCGCACUAAACUGGAAACAACCGAAUUAUCCUGUCUUCUUCUCGUCCCGCUGUGGUCAAAUUGGCGAAGACCCUAUUGUUGGAUCUACGCCCAACCCUGCGCUUCGUGACGUAGGGGAUGAUUACUAUGCCUCAAGUGUCUCUGCUGGCGUGGAAUUCGCGAAGAUGAACAAUCUUCUGGGCAUCUUCUUUGAUUCUGAACUAUUGCUGCAGGUUCCCUCGCUCAUUCAGGGUAUACGAGACGCUGGUCUAUUGGUGGGCAUACACGGUGGACAGGCCACAUCCGGCAUUCCGGUUUGCUCCACGGAGGGCGCUCAGGUCGAUGCCUAUAUCCGUGAUGGUACGGUAACCUACAUGGAUAAUUCGGCAGGAGAACAAAUCUGA